UAGUACUUGUAGUAUUUUUUUAAAGGUAACCUGCGUUAUAUUCAGUCGUACAGGCGUGUUUUGUGAUUUAUCUGUCGUUAAUUCUAAAUUUGGCUAUUUAUAAAGGACUGAAAAGUCUUCCGGCCAGUGUGCCGCCGAGGGAUCGGCGUGAUUGUCGCGAUAUCCGCGGAAGAAUCGAUCGCGUACGUACGGGAGUUUCCGAACGCGUACGGCGAUAGGGGUGUUUUGAGGACAUCAAAUUUUCCAAGUGAAGCGGUGUGAAAUACCAAAAACACCAGUAUGCCACCAAAAAAGAAGGGAGGUAAGAAGAAGGGUAAGAAAAGUGGGAAGAAGAGUGGAAAGAAGUCUGCUAGGUCUUCCUCAGACUCGCCAGGAGAGAGUUUAUCCGAGUUGAGCAAAGAGUUCUUCCUGAUCCAGAUACGAGAUUUGGAGGCGAGAUUGGCCAGAUACCAGAAAAAAUGUGACGAGUUGGAAGUUGGGAGCACUAAAUUCAAAGCCCAGUAUGAUCAGAUGGCCCAUGAUAAGAAAGAAAUUGUUACAUUCCUUAAGAAACAGCUGGAGCAGCGUAGUGACGAAAUUGCAGACUUAAAUGAUAGACUUGUUGGUCUUCAGCAGGCGAAGGAUGCUGAGAAGGAUGCAUACGAGCAUCAGCUUACGCAACUUAGGACAGAAUUCCAGGAAACCAAGGAUCAGCUCACAUCAGAAAAUAUGAUUUUAGGUGGCAAACUAGCUUCACUUGAAGAAUUUAAAGUCCAGAAAGAGGACUUGAUGGCAAAAUUUGCGCAGAUGGAAGAAGAAUUAGAACAGCAGAAAAGAGAACAUAAAGAUGUGAUAUAUGACUUAGAAAGGAAAGCUGUUGUAGACAAAGACAGGUUAAAGAAAGAAAUGGUGCAAAGGGUCAACCAAGUUGCCGCAGAGUUUCGAAAGGUGUCAAAUAAACAGAUGGCUGACACGACAAAAAGAACGAUACGAGAGAACGUCAGUAUCAAUGCACAACUGGCCAAAAUGUCCGACAAGACCUUGGAGUUGAUUCAAGAAAAUGAUGAACUCAAAGCUAAAGAGAGGAAAAGUAGACAGCAUAUUGAUAUGCUGGAAGUAAAUGAGAAAGAACUUGCCAAGAAAAACCAUAGUAACCAAAAGGUCAUCAGAAUGCUGACUGAGAAAGCCAAACAACAAGAAGCCAUGCUAGCAGAAUAUGACAUAAGGGAACAGGAAUACCAAGAACUUGAGACUGAGCUAAUGUUGCUACGGCAACAAUCAGAAUCCUUACGAGAGGAGCUUGGGAAGAUUAGUCAGGAGUAUGAACAGCAGGAGGAACUUCUUGAGAAGACAGUCAUGACGAAGGAAGAGAUAGAAAAGAAUAAACAAAAGUUGGAUAAAAUUCUCCAAGAGGCUGCACACUCGCUGAAAAUCAUACUUACAUCUAACGACGCAGAAGAGGAGUCAGCUGAUCCUGAUUAUGAUGACAUAUCAGCUAGGGACAGUAUGCUGGAGAAUCUGCUAGUGAUAUUGAACAGUGCAGCAGCCAUAGGUGUGGGACCGCCACCUUCAGAUUUUAGAAUAGUUAAAGAGCCAACAUACAGGAAGAGUGCUAGUCCAAUGCCUGGUAGUGGAAGGGGAAUUAAACGAGGAUCAGCUCCAUUAUCACCCAUCGCCCGUGGUCAGGGAUCUCUUCCACAUUAUAAGCUAGGUGAUCUAGGACUCGUACCCAGACCUAGGGAUAUUGUACUGUCAUCAAAUACGACUAGGGCAUUAUCACCAACUAGCAAACUGAAUAGGCUUCGUGGAGUCAAGACUAGGUCUGUUGGGGUACAGACUGCCAGUGGGCCUAAGUCAGUAUUUUAUGCUGAUCAGCUACUGUCCCAAGUUCCAUCCGAUACGCGUGCUACAUUAGUGCAGGAAUUCAAAGUAAAAGACCGGAGUUUAGGACCUGUGCUGGUGAAAGGAAAGAAAGUAGUAGCACAUUGAGGCGAGAUUCCAUUCAUUGUUAGACAGUCCAAAAUCCCAAACAGACCAUAAAUAUUGUGUGCAGAGAGCAGACUUUUAUAAUAAAUAAAAUUGAUGCCAUCCAAAAUUUGACUGAGUAGCAAACUUUGUUUAAUUUAGACAAACUCAGUUUAAUUAUUGUCAUUACAUUUGUUGGACUCAAUUAGCAGUUGCUUCUCCUAUAUAUUAACUUGGCAACAUUUGAGUUCAUUCAUGUUCCCUAAAAGUUAUCUACAUUGAGUGUUCUCGUAAUAACAUAUCAUUAGUAUAGUACUUAUCGUUUCGUUGUUACGCAGAUUCUUGCGUACUAAAAGCGAGUUUGGUCAAUUCACUUUGAAAACUAUUUUGUUGAUGUUGGUUAUCCAGAAACCAGCAAAAUAUGCUUCAAAGCUGUUGUUGAUUUUGUUUACACAUGUAAUCCUAAUUUGUGAAAUUUUUUUGAAUGGAUUUCAUUCAGAUUUCUGUAUGCAGCGAGUCCUAAUUAAAUUAAACACCACUUUAAUUUUAAUGAAUGUCUGAGAAUUUUGUACAGUGAAAAUUUCUUCGGGGUCCACACAUGUAUUGACUAUAAUUACAUUUUUCUUUCAUGAAUUCCAUGAAAUCUUGAAAAUCACAACAUUUCUAGCAGUGGAAAUUAAGCGGUCUACAGUAUUUUUGUCUAUUUACUGUUUCUACUAAUGGCAAAUUUGCAAGUUAAGAACACAACUUACAUGUCUCAACUUGAUUAAAGAGCUUCAUUUGUGAUGCAAAAAAUGGAGAUCUACUUUCAUAGACUUUAUUUAACAUGUGCAAACACUAGAAAUAUUCAGACAUUGAUGCAUACGCCUGUCUGUCCAUGCAACAUUACUCAGGUUAAGUGGAUUCUGUCAUACUGUUACAUGAAGGCACAAGACCAGCAAGAUCAGAGAUUGAAUUUUCUACCCCCCCCCUCCAAUAUUUACAGUUUUAGUGUUUAUUUAGUUUU